UUUUUUUUUAACUUCACAUGAAAAUUGAAUUCUUCUAACCAAUAAAAACUGAAUUAUAUGCCUUAAAUAUGUAUAUAAAAAAUAUAAAACUUCUUCAAGUCACAGAUCUUCUAUUAUAUGCCAAUUAUUGGGGAUAUCAAAUAACCUACAUAUUAUAAAUUAUACCCGGUGUUAUAUCGAAUUUCUGCUUAAAAAGUAACCUAAAACAGACUUUUUUUCUCCUUUUUUUUUUAUUUUUAUUUUUUCCUUCUUAGUUCAUAAAUAACAAUUCAACAACACACUAUGAAUUCUCGUAUUCGUAAGCGCAUUGAUGAUGAAAAUAGUCAAGACACAGACAGUCUAUUAAGGAACCAAAAAGAAAAGCUAACUUUAAAUUGGGAAGAAAUUCCAGCAUGGAUGCGAGAUAAUGUUUAUAUCACAGAUGGAUAUAGACGACAGACAAAUAACUACCGAGACUGUAUAAAAAGUUUAUGGUAUCUUCAUAAUGAAAGUGUUAAUAUUUGGAGUCAUUUGUUGACAUUUUUUUUAUUUGUUGGCCUUGGUAUUAAAUUCUUACUAAAUCAGCCCUUUAAGGAAACUUUAACAACCUUUGAUAUCACCUAUUUCUUUUUAUUUAUUGUGGGAGCAUUACUAUGUUUAGGAUUUAGUGCAAGCUUUCAUUGCUUUUCUUGCCAUUCUGAAAAGGUAGCAGCUACUUGGAAUAGAUGUGAUUAUGCGGGUAUUACUUGUCUAAUUGUUGGUUCCUUUUUCCCUGUUAUUUAUUAUGGAUUUCAUUGCCAUCAACUACUUCAAAUUGUCUAUUUAUCAUGUAUUAUGGUGUUAGGAUCUAUUACUGCGGCGGUAACUUUAAUGAAACAUUUUCGUACACCUGCCUAUAGAUGGGUACGUGCUACCCUUUUUAUGGCAUUAGGCUUAUUUGGUAUAGUACCUACUUUUCAUGGUAUUUGGAUCUAUGGUAUCAAUAAUGCUGUAAAAACUAUUUCUUUGGGACAUAUGGCUUUAAUGGCUUUUACUUAUAUUGCAGGUGCAUUAAUUUAUGGUGCUCGUUUUCCAGAAAGUGCUAUGCCUGGUAAAUUUAAUAUUUUUGGAGCCUCUCAUCAAAUAUUUCAUGUUUGCGUUACAAUAGCUGUGCUUUCACAUUAUUUGGGUGUAAUGAGUGCAAUGGCUUUUUGGCAUGAUGUUCAAAAUCAAGAGUUUUGUAAGACCUCCUUGCUUUAAAAGAUAAUAGACAACAACAUGUAGUGUAGAAAGAAAAGAUGACAUAUUAAAUCUUUUUUUUUCUUUUCUUUUCUUACGAUGAUACCCCCCCUCAAAAAAAAAUACAAUAUAUGUAUCUUCGCUUUUACAUACACUACUUUACCCUAUAGUAUUAUAUAUUUACUUAUUUCUUUUAUAUGAAUUAUUCAGUAUAAAAGAACAUUUCUUUUACAACUAAAUGUUUGAUAAUCUAUUCACAUAUGAUUGUAAAAUAAUUAAUUAUAUUUUAACAGAGUUUGUAAAUGAACUACUGUCCCAAUCGUUUAAACAUGAAUAAUAAUAAAUAUGGCGUCUUUUGCUAUACAAGCACUAGACAUAUUUUAAAUCCUA